AUGCAACCUCUCUCGCAAACCAACUCGCUCGUCGUCACCGUGCUCGCGGUGGACCUCGACCAGUUUGCCGCCACGGUCGUCUCGACCAAGCUCCGUCUCGUCUGCGGCUCCCAGCGCGAGACACUCAAGUCCAAGGACGUCGCUCAAUGGGGCGCCGCCGUCGAGUUUCUUCCGCCUGUCGAUACCAUCAGCAUCAGUGUGCACAUCAAAGACGCAGCUGCGUGCCUGUGCAGCGGGUACGACGUCUUUGGAACAACGUCGAUUCCGCUGUCGUCGCUCAACUGCACCACCAACGGCGAAGGCUUCUUCCCUUUUGCGCACGGCCACGGCGGCGUGCGCCUUGCGUUCGAGUGGAGCGCCGACGUCGCGCCGUGCAGCCGCGUGCAUUUGCCGUGGCGGCGUCACGCGCACUGCGCCGACUGCAACGCGCCCGUGUGCAAGCACUGCAGCUUUCCGAGCGACCGCAGUGGCGUCGCCUGCCGGGCCUGCGUGGCCGCCAAGCGAACCCUCGUGCUCUCGCCCAUCACCUCGGACACGACGUUCGAGACCGACUCGGACGACGUCAUUGCACCGCUCUCGGUCCCAAAGCCGGCAGACGACGACCAAGUCUCGGAUUUCCAAGUCGUUGGCACAAUGGAUUCGGUGAUUGUGGUGCAAAAGACGCAUGGGUCGGACGCCGGGACCAUGUACGCGCUGCGCCCGACGCUCAAGACGCCGGCGUCGCUGCCAGGCUUAGUCUGCGCCAAGGCCGUCGUCGAGGCCUUUGACCAUCCCAAUGUGCUCGCACCACUCUAUCUUUUUCAGACUGCGACGACGGCGUACGAGGUCACCUCGACGGCAGCGCGACAGCCGCUCUCGACACUCCUCGGCGGCGUCGACGAGAUUGAAGGCGCACAGCUCCUCGCGCGAGUCCUCGCCGGCCUCGCGCACGUCCAUGCCCGCGGCUACGUGCACGGCGCCGUCUCUUCGACGAACGUGCUUCUCGGCCACGACGGCACGGUUGUCCUCGCUGGCUUUGAAUACGUGACGCCACUCGCCAACGACGGCGCGAUCGUCGACUGGCACGCGUUUGGCCUCUUGGUGUACCAGCUCUUUGUCGGCGCCGGGCCGCUCACCGAAGACACGUUUCUCACCGACGCGACGUGCCGGCAACACGGCUUGCCGCAAACCGGUCGCGACAUCUGCCUUGCCUUGCUCUCGGCAACGGAGAAGAGCGUAGCGAUCGACUUUAUGGCGAGCGACUUCUUCUUUGGCGUCGACUGGACGAGCCUCGACACGACGCCAGUGCCACACCCAAGCGACGCGCCGCAGCUCGACGACGUCCCGACCGACGCGUUUGACCUGGCGCUGCUCCAAGCCCGCGUCUUUGCCAACGACCCAGACGUCUGGCCGCUGCACAUUCCAGCUUACGCCUACGCCCGCGCCACCACGGUCGGCGGCAGCGAUUUUGACGUUCUUGGCCACAUGACGACACCGACACGCGACCAGGUGCAUCUCGUGCAAAAGAUGACGGGCACCGACGCGGGUGCCCACUACGCCCUGCAGUCCAUCGCCAAGGCGACGGCGCAACCGCCGGCCGUGGACGUGUCGUCGUUGCGCCAUGCGACCUUGGUGCCGACGUUGUACCGGUUCCAGAACCGCUCGACCGCGUUUGUCGUGACGCCGAUUCUCCGCGGCCACACGCUGCGCUCGAUCCAGACGACGGGACUGGACGAGCGCGAAGUCGCGUGGUACUUGGCCCAGGUGUUCCUCGGCCUCGCCUACCUCCACGAGAACGGCGUCGCGCACGGGUCUCUCUCGCUCGAGACUGUCGUCGUCACGGACAACGCCACCGCCGUCUUCGCUCGCACCGAGUCGUUUGUGCCGCUCACUGCCGCGACGCGCAGAGCCGACCCUAUCGCCUUUGGCGACCUCCUCACUAACCUCCUCACCGACAAGACCAGCCUCUCGGACGCUGCCAUCGACCUCCUCUCUGCCUACACCAGCGGCACGACCAUCGAUGUGGGCCACAGUCUCUUCUUCAGCUGGAUCACAUGGGACCUCAUGUGCUUGGACGCAUUCCAUUCGGAUACGUCGCGGCCGAUCGGGCGCUUUCUCAGCGCUGAUAACGGCCGAGCUUGCACCACCUUUGAAGACGACUUUGCUUCCCCACGCGUUCACUGGCCACGCUACGUGUACCCACCGCUGCCACCGCCAACGUCCACGACUGUUGGGUCGUAGAGCACGCUUUGUCCGAGUUAUUGUACUAACUGAGUCCUUCUUGUCAAC